AUGGGGGCAUCUCUAACCUUCGCUUCUGCUCAGCCUCUUGCAUAUCAUUCGAGAGGAGCUUACAGUAGCAAAGAAAUGGCAGACUCAUUGGUACUCCGCAGCACGAUGAGGGCCCACACCGAUUGGGUCAUUGCAAUCGCCACUCCAAUCGACAACUCCGAAAUAAUAGUCACCUCUUCUCGUGACAGAUCAAUCAUCGUUUGGCGCCUCAUGAUGCAAGACAAAACCUAUGGUGGCGCACAUCGCCGUCUCACCGGCCACUCUCACUUUGUUCAAGACGUCGUUCUCUCAUCCGACGGCCAGUUCGCUCUAUCCGACCACUCUCCCUCCUUUCUCUCUCUCUCUAACCCUAGACACAGCCAUUAA